CUUUGACCAGCGACGUGACGCCGCGACAAACCACCAGCAUAGCUACCUACCUACAAUCAAUUCCUCUGCCACGCCCGUAGCUGCGGCAGACGCGACAAUGGCAACCAAGAAUACCGUCCUUUCCCUUUACCGCCGCUCGUUGAAGCUCGCCCUUGACUGGGCGGUCCACCGUCACCUCUGGAGGGGCCAGGCCCUCUAUAUCCGAUCUUUGUUUGAGGCCAACAGGAACGUGUCGGAGCCCCGGCAACAGAGGAGGAUCAUCCAGGAGACCGAAGAAUUGCUUCAAAAGUGGAAGCACCCGGAUCCUUACAGGGCACCGACGGCUCCAGGCGGCUCGAAAUAUGAGCGCAAUGUGCCGGCGCCCAUCAUUGACCCCCCGCCCCAUAUGACACUCUAAGAGAAAGUGGUGGAAGCUUCGGUGAAGAAUGGUAGUUGGGAGGCAUUCACAGUAUAUUAACUGUCAGUUAAGGAUUGGUCCAAUUGUGUUGAUUGCAUUUGUCACUCGCGGGCAGCGGUGCAGUGACGAAACGCUAGCUUAAAGGAAUAGCAAAACAGCGUCAUUUUCCAUCUGUGC